UCUCAGUUUUCAAUCUGUGAAUAAUAUUAAAAUAAAAUUGAAUUUCUAACAAACAGGUUUGGGUGACUUGAAACUAGCUAUUCCACUUGACAAUUUACUGAGAGGUCGUAAGACAGAUUCUUGUAGCCAAAGUGCUCAAACACUGGAUGAAAGCGAAGAACAUCCAAGCUCCUUUGCUUCAUCACCUUCCCAAUAUCCAAUAACACCCAGUAAAUCAUUUAGCAGCAAGGGUGGAGAAAGUUCAAGGUUUUUUACACAUCUGACACCUCAGGUGUGUGUCACUUGUGAUAACUCCUCUACCCUAACCACUCAUACUCUGAGUAAAAGAAAGAACAUCUAAGCUCCUUUGCUUCAUCCCCUUCCCAAUAUCCAAUAACACCCAGUAAAUCAUUUAGCAGCAACAAGGGUGGAGAAAGUUCAAUGGUUUUCAGACCUCUGACACCUCAGGUGUGUAAGACUUGUGAUAAACCCUGUACCCUAACUACUCAUGCUCUGAGUGAAAAAGAAGAACAUCUAAGCUCCUUUGCUUCAUCCCCUUCCCAAUAUCCAAUAACACCCAGUAAAUCAUUUAGCAGCAGCAAGGGUGGAGAAAGUUCAAUGGUUUUCAGACCUCUAACACCUCAGGUGUGUGUCACUUCUAAUACCUCACAUUCAAAUAUAAAGAUGAGACCCCCACAGCAAGAGGGUCAGACAGAAAGACUUGCUUACAACCAGGCCAAAUAUCCUGUCACUACUACUGUGACAUGGGCUGAGUCAUAUCGUAGCAGCAAGGGUAGAGAGAGUUCACUGGUUUUCAGACCUCUGACACCUCAGUUAUGUGUCACUUCUAAUACCUCACAUUCAAGUAUAAAGAUGAGACCCCCACAGCAAGAGGGUCAGACAGAAAGACUUGCUAACAACCAGGCCAAAUAUCCUGUCACUACUACAGAGACAUGGGCCGAGUCAUUUCGUAGCAGCAAGAGUGGAGAGAGUUCACUUGUUUUCAGACCUCUGACACCUCAGGUGUGUGACACUUCUAAUACCUCACAUUCAAGUAUAAAGAUGAGACCCCCACAGCAAGAGGGUCAGACAGAAAGACUUGCUUACAACCAGGCCAAGUAUCCUGUCACUACUACCGAGACAUGGGCUGAGCUUUUACAACAGGCUACAUCUAGGAGAACUGUGUCAAGUCCUGUUGACAGCAUCAGUAGUAUUGGUAGCUCAGAGUGGAUAAAGAAAGAUUCAUCAAUUGCAGGCAAAAUUGUUUCUCAGUCAACACCAGUAAAAUAUUUGUCGGAGUUAGAUCAGGAAAAAGGUAUUAUAGAAGAACCAGAUUUAACACUUUUAGGUUCAGAUCUGAGUACCAUUACAUGUGGAAGACAAGACAAUGACCUCCACAGGACCCAAACAAGUGAAAAAGAUUUUGACAUUACUCAGGACAGUGUGGCAGAGGAUCACUUCACUUCUGCUCCUUGUAAUUCCCAUAGGGAAAGAUCAUCUGUACCUCCAAACGUUUUGGAAAUGAAAUCAAUACGAAAUACAUCACCCUAUUCUGUAAUUGGAAAAGAAGUGGAAGCCAGUAGUCCUUUACUAACAGAAGGAUCCUUAACUGAAUCGCUGUUGUCAUUCCAGAAACAUGAACAAAGUUUGUGUACAGGACUGUUAGAAGGUACCUCAAAAUCAUUUCAUGAGCUUACUCAACAUUCAACAGAAAACCUGUCACCAUAUGAAGCAAGAUUUACUGAGUAAAGAUAGGGCAUAUAUUGUCCAAUUGUUAUGAGAUUGACUGCAAAAUCUACUACACAAAAAGUGAUUAUUAACCCAUGUUAAACCUAUCAUUGUAUAAAUCACAUCAAAUUCUUUUCAUCUGUCACAGAAUGUACCAUUGGCAACAUAAAAAAUAAUCUUUUAUCUAUCAGUGCAGCUUAUAAAAAAAUAUUCAGUAAUACAGAGUAACUAAGUAUUUAAUUACUUACUACCUUAAAGAGGUUUAAAAUUAAAAUGUUAUUUACGAACUAAAUUGAAAAAUUAGAGAAAACAUUUUGAUUUAUAGUUGAGACCACAUCAAAAUUUUUGUAUACAGAAGUAUUCAUAAAAUUAAAAAUUCUGGUAGUUUUUUUGAGCAACGAAUGUAAUGUAAUAAUUAUUUUUAACUUGAAUAAAAGAAUAAAUUUAAAACUUGAAGCACAGCUUUGUGUAGUAGUGUUUUUGUACAUUUUAGAGUAUUCAUUUUGAAUUUAAUUCUGUAUUCUUAUAAAUGAUAAUUUACUGCAAUUGAACGAAAUAUAAAAUGUAGUAAAAUAAAAAGUAGCAGAAAUUAAUUUAGCUGUUUUAAUAAUAAUAUGCAAUCUCCAUUAUUGUUUCGGUGAAGCUAAUGAAGUGUCUUCGGGUUAUAUGUUUAGUGUCAUUAUCUGAAAGUCUUCAAGUUCCUAUUAUACAUAUAUAUAUCUUUUAGGUAUAAAGUUUUACCUCUUAAAUAGUUACUCUGAACUGUCAUCAGUUUUAUUGUGAUGUUAAUUAUAUUGAAAUAUCUGUGAGAUCUCAUCAAGACAGAUAAAUAUAGCACCACAAAAUAAAAAGUUCCAGGGGUACUCGGACCUUUUAAGAAGUAAGAGUUAACUUUGGACAGUGCCUCAUGAAAAUUAAUCCAGUAUUUGACUUGUUGAGUUGAACCAUCAUGACUCAACAUAGCUAUGGCUAUGGUAGUGUUAAUAUAUGGAUCAGGUUAACAAAACAGAAGUGCUAAAUCUUUAAAUACUUGAUGGCUAUCAAGUUUUUGCACUCUUUAGGCAAACUUUUCCUUUUUUUUUAUGGAGAAAAAAUUAUUUGCUAAAAGUUUAAAACUUCGUAUAAUUUCCACUGGCUUCAUAAAAAAAAAAAUCAUUUCAAACACUUAGUGGGUUGAUUCAAAAUUUUGUAAGAGUAUAAAAUU